CCUCCUUCAGCUUUAGCCUAGUUGGAACAACCCCAUGACUGCACAUCAGAUUAGGAAAGGUGUGUUCUAAUUAAUGGGAGUGCUGUGGGCUCCCUCCUCAGCUGCAACUGUGUCUGUGUAUGCAUGUAACACGUAGGAGGAGUACACUUUCCCUGCUGAGCCCUGCCUGCUGGAACAAAAGGAUUAUAAAGCAGACGCAGAUCACCCUGGGGAUUAUUUGUCGGAGUAUCUUGAAGAAACUUUGCUGGCUUCCUAUGUAACAGCUGGGACAAGAGCAGCAUGAGGAAGACAUCAAACACAGGAAUCUCAAGGACCUCCAGUGGGAGACUCCGAAGAUUUGGUGACCCGACAAGUCCAACUCUGAAAAGAUCCUUUGAGGUUGAAGAAGCAGACCAGCCUCCAAAUUCUUCCACUCCACAAAGACGGACACCCAACCCUCUUGCUAGGUCCACAGUGUCCAGCUCCUCACAGAAAUUCCAGGAUCUUGGCACCAAGAAUUCAGAGACCCCUUCCAGACAUGUGGAGUCUUCUGCACAAAGAUCUCCUAAAUCUUCUCUGAGGAGAGUUGAGCUCUCUGGACCAAAACAUCCUGAGCCAGUGUCCAGAAGAACAGAAAUCUCCAUUGAUAUCUCAUCUAAGCAAGUGGAGAACUCCACCCCAGGAGCUUCAAGAUUUGGCCUCAAGAGAGCAGAUGUGCUGGGGCACAAGCCCCCUGAAACCGCUCCCAGGAGGACUGAGAUCAAUAUAGGCAAGCCUCAGGACCAAGCUCUUCGCAGAAUGGAAGUCCCCUCAAAGAUCCCCGAGCCAACACAGCGCAGAAUGGAAGCUGCUAGCCCACCUGUGCCUGAUGUUGCCACCAAACGUGUGGAAAUCCAGGUAGCAAAAUCUUCAGAGGUUCCAGUACCACCAGUCAAGCAGAAUGAAAACGUGGAGCUUUUCCCAACCAAUCAGCACCUGCCACCAGAACCAAAGCUACAGCCAGCAGUGACUGAAAUUCCACCCAAAUGCCAAGAAGAGGCCAUUCCCAGCUACCCAAGCAGCAUGAUGGAAGCCACUCGAGAUGCUGGCAUCAAGCAAUCCCCACCAACGCGGACAGAGAAACCAGCUGCUGAUUUUGCCUAUGUUGGGAUAGACGCCAUCUUGGAACAGAUGCGGAGGAAAGCCAUGAAACAAGGGUUCGAGUUCAACAUCAUGGUAGUUGGUCAGAGUGGCCUGGGAAAAUCUACUCUAAUCAACACCCUCUUCAAAUCCAAAAUCAGUCGCAAAUCUGUGCAGCCAAGUCCUGAAGAGCGCAUCCCCAAGACAAUUGAAAUCAAGUCAAUCACACAUGAUAUUGAAGAAAAGGGUGUUCGUAUGAAACUCACUGUCAUUGACACCCCCGGAUUUGGAGACCACAUCAACAAUGAGAAUUGUUGGCAACCCAUUAUGAAGUUCAUCAAUGAUCAAUAUGAGAAGUACCUCCAGGAAGAGCUUAAUAUUAACCGGAAGAAGCGGAUACCAGAUACCAGAGUCCACUGCUGUAUAUACUUCAUCCCUGCCACCGGUCACUCCCUCCGGCCGCUGGACAUCGAAUUCAUGAGGCGCCUGAGCAAAGUGGUCAACAUUGUGCCUGUCAUCGCCAAAGCAGACACAUUAACGCUAGAGGAGAGGGACUACUUCAAGCAAAGGAUCACAGCAGAUCUCCUUGCCAAUGGCAUUGAUGUCUACCCUCAGAAACAGUUUGAUGAGGACUCUGAAGACCGACUAAUAAAUGAGAAAUUUAGAGAAAUGAUUCCAUUUGCUGUGGUGGGCAGUGACCAGGAAUACCAGAUAAAUGGAAGGCGAAUUCUGGGAAGGAAAACAAAGUGGGGCACAAUUGAAGUUGAAAAUACAACGCAUUGUGAGUUCGCAUACUUGCGGGAUCUUUUGAUCAGGACACACAUGCAAAACAUCAAGGACAUUACCAGCAGCAUCCAUUUUGAAGCCUACAGAGUCAAACGCUUGAAUGAAGGCCAGAAUAUGCUCUCCAAUGGCGUAGCUGUCAAAGAGGAGUUGGUGGCCAAUGAAAUGUAACACUCCAUGCAAGGACCCAGCCUGCUCUCUUCCUCUCCCCUCCCCACCCCACACUUUUAUUUUCAUUUAAAAAAAAACCCAAGAAAAACCCCAUAUAAACUCUAUGCCACUGUUGUUUUCCCCUCUCCACCAACAAUACCCAAGCUGCUGACAUUAACUGACCAAAUAACAGUACUUUUCUGUAAUAAAUGUAGUGUCUUUCUCUUUUCUAGUCUCUGUGAUGUGAAACAUCUAUUCUGUUCUUCUGUGUAGGCUGUAGUUACUGAUCCCUAGGGAGGGAUGAGGUUGAGAGGGAACCUCAACAGGAUAUGCAUUGGUUUGAUGUUUUACUUUAGUUGUGGCCACCUUUCCAUAGGCCCUUUACUGUGAUAGGUGAGUGUCCCUUUCUUGAAACUCUGGGAGAGCUCCAACUAAGGCUGAGAUGGACAUUUGUUAGAAAGCACAGACUGACCCCUCCCCUGUCCCUUUUGGUCAAUUGGGAGGUGAACUGUUAAGUUUCAUAGACCGCUGCCCUAGUGUUGAAGUCUGGUGAAGUUGUGAUACCUUGUGUUGUGCCAUGAGUUGAAGCUAUUAAGUAUGGGGCACAGGGCUGCGUGAAAGAAAGAAGAAGGUGCCGCACAUUCCAUAUCCUAUCCAUGCAGUUUCACCUCCAGUUAAAGCAACAAAAAAGUUGCAAUCCUGACCAGGUGAGGUUGAUCUGGAUGAGGAAGCUUUCAUUAGCAACUUGGUUGAUACAGGCCUGGUGAGGCACUGAUGGAUGCUAGGUCAGACAUGCCACCAAAGCAUCUCCCUCCCACCCAUAUGAAAGUGAGAGAGAAAAGAGAGGUCUCCUGUCUGCCUUCUUUGUUUCAGUGGUUCAAGUCUAUGGUAAUCUUUCUCUUGAGCCACUUGAUUUCCUAGUGCCAAAGGUUUACUGUUCUGUAAACCAGAGUGGGAAGGGGAAAAGCACUGUGUGUUUGUUUUUAGUGUGUGUGUGUACGUGUGUUUGUGUUCCUUUCUCUCUUUUGUAUCUUAUCUCCAUCCAUUUCAAGUGAAGAUUUUCAUGACCUAGAUAAAGUUUUUUAAUGUGAGGGUAGAGUGAAUGGAGCAUUAUCAGAAGGCACAAUUCCACUCAGCACUAUGCACAUCUUACUCCCUGCAUGUCUGAUCUAUAUCCCCUUUCCUUAAAAGCCAGCAAUAAUAGGGAGCCAGCUUGCUCACUGGAGAAAAGGGGGUGUCUACUAAGUCACCUUGAUUCUUAGGACAUUCCUCUCCUCCCCAAUCCCCCUGUCCCUUUAAUCUCAGCUGAAAAGAGUUCAAUCGUUCGAGCUCUUGUUUUAACCUGUUUCUUAUUUAAAAUGUUAGAGAGGCUAUGGGGGGUGUUCCUGGCUGUUUCUCAUUGUGCAGCUUUAUGUGUGUGUAACUUUUCUAACUAUCUGUGGCUAAAAUUCCUUAGGUCUGCACAUAUAGAUGUGCCAUGCAUGCAAAAAGGGAUAGGGAACCUGUAACCCUGCAGAUGCUGUCGCUCAAACCUCAACUCCCAUCAUCCCUGAGCAAUGGCCAAGCAACAACGUCUGCAGAGCCACAGGUUCUCCACCCCCUGCUCUGUAUUAAAUGCUGAGCCCCAGGAUCUUGCAUGCAUUCUGCAGUAAUGCAUGGCCCUUGGUUAAGCACACAGCUUAAUCUAAGAUUGGUUUACACAAUACAAUUUUCCAGAUGAUCUCUGUUCUUGAGGGCGGUUGUGAGGUAGGGAUCAUGUAGAUGCUGUUUGCCCCAUCAGCUGGUCCGAAUACUUGAGGUCCUAUGCCUACUUUCCAUGCCACAUUUUAAUAUUGAAGCAGAGUUGUGCCAGUUGCUCAAAGGGUUCUUUUUAACAUGGAUUUCAUUCGAAUACUUCAGUCAGUCUUAACUCCAGUGGUCAGGCGACUAAACUCUGACAAACCCAGAAGUUGCAUGAAUGAACCAUCUCUUUACAGAGAAAGGGGGGUGGGAACUGUGCUUGCUAAACACUUACCCGAUUUGGAGGGGCAGAGGCCAUGUCCAGUUAUGGCAAUCUAACCAAGAGAACCAGCAGUCACAGCUUUCUCUUCCUCAGACAGCAAAUCUUAAGUAGACGGCUCUGUAGAACCUCCUCCUCUUGUGCCAUGUGCAGAGGACUCUCAUCACUGCUCCUUUUCCAAAGUGGAAAGCUCUGUCUAUGCUGCCCUCUUGUGGAGCUGCAAAGAACAGAACGGGCAUGCUGAUUUCUGGCUUUCUGAAAAGGCAAAUGAUAAGUUUUCAUCUUGCUCUCACUGGCACUGAUGUAGCCCACUCUCAGCUGCCAAACAUGCCUAAGGGGAAUGCUUCACACUUUAGCACACAACACACAGGGAUGUCGGCCAGUGGCCACUUUGUCUUGCAUGUCCUUAGGAUGCAAGCCUACAAACUGACUCUAACCAAGACUUUCCAUGAGCUUACCUGCUGCUUCCACAGUGUUCCCUGACAAGUGCUUUCCUUUAUGACUCAAAAACUGUGUCAGGCAUUUAGUUCACUUGUUUUGCAUCUGCAAAUAUUCUUUGCUCAGAGGCACUCAUACAUUGUUGUUUUUUUUGUGUUGCAAGUUAAAUCUAAGCCUGCCAUGUUAACUUUUUGUGUUGUCCCUCCCAAACGUAAAAAUGAAUAAACGGAGGACUCUUUACUGAGCUGUGUUAAGCUGAGGAAAAUUAUUUUUUUUACUUGCUGACUUGCUAUAUUUUAGCAAAAUAAAAAUUGUAUUAACUAAAAAUAUAUAUAUUUCAAGUGUUUAAGACUAUGAAAAGGGUAAUAGAGAAUGUCUCUUGGUUUUUUUAGAUGCACUUCAGCAACAUAAAAAUUAAAAUGCAUUGUAUCUUGUUUGCCAAUAUCUCAGCCAGCAAAAGCAAGACAAAAAUGGCUUUCUCCUUUUAUAUUGUACUUCGGGGCGGGGGGAGGUUUUACCGAAUGAAACCAAAAAAAUAAAUCAUCCAAAUCUAUUAAAAAAUGGCCUUUUUGAGGAUUGUAUGCAUUAUGACAAAUUUAGUUCUGUUUUGUAUAAAUAAAAGUGUUUAAUAUGUAUUUCCCAAAAAUAAAUGUUUCAAAUGGAAAA